UGCUUUCCUUUUCUUUUGCAGUUUUGGGCACACUCAUCUGUAGAAACUGUGUGGUUAGUUUUAUUUUGUUGGAUGUGCCUCAUUAUAACACUCAAGCUUUUAAGUUCUGAAAUAGCAGAGAUCAGUUUCUGGAAGGUUGAAAAUUUUUAGUCUAAUUGUAAGUGUGAAAUUUGAUGGCUUCUGAUGUAUGUAUGACACCAGAUAAGAUGUUGACUCAUGUAUAAAUGAUAAAAUAUGUAUUUAAUAAUUAACCAUCUUUAAAGUGUUUCUUUGGAGUACUGAGGGGAAAAUAAAUCCGAAGGCAUCCAACUAAACAGAUUGAGGAUCUCAUUUUGCAUUCUUUAAAAGAACACUAUCCCUAAGGAUUCAUGAGUUGGAGAUGAAUGAUGUAACGUUUCAAUAAACGAUUCGUACUCCAUUUCAGUAGAAGUUACUUUUUGUUACUUGAUUGAAAAUAAUCUUUAUCAUUUUCACAUCUUUAAAACUAUUCUGGUUUAGGGAUGUCAAGUCAGAUUUUCUGUACUGUAGUAUACAGGUGUUGGCUUUAUGAUAAAGGAAUAAUAUUCCCUCCAGACAGGUGUGUCCCUCUAAGUGAAGGGAAGACUUUGUAUGUUCCUGUGUUAGUAGAUGCACGGAUAUACAUCUAGUUUGGGUGGCUGCAUGCUGACCUUUCAAAAUCCCCAUAUUCAGGGGUUCGGUUCUCUCAGCUGACAAGUCUAUUGUUGCAGUAACAAAACCUUUGGUAAAAUUAGUGUUACCCCAGAAAAGCACAAAUUCAUCCCUCCCUCCCCUACUUUAUUCUAAUUGACCUCAACUUCGUUUUUUCUGUUCUAUAGUUAUUGACUGAAGUAUACACUGAGGGUUUGGUGAGGCCCAGGGUAAAUGAAUGGUCAUGAAAUUAAUUUUGGUAAUUAUGUAGGGCCUACUCUUUAUGCAGCUGAUAAACUAGUAAUCAAAUGUUCAUUUCUUCAUACAAGAUUGUUCCUGGAAUAGAUUAUUUCUUACUUGAACUUCUAUAAAAUGGACAUUAUUCAGAAUUAUCAGUAUAUUCUUGUGCUAAGAAAUCUUAGCAGUAAUUUGCUUUUGGAAGGCAUGGGAGAAUUUUCUGAGACUUGAAAGAAGGUGGCUCUUUUCCAAAUUGUCAGUUCUGAAGCAGAGGAGAGAGAUUAUUUGAUUUCUGUGUUCUUAGAUACUGUUCAGUAUAGCUGCUAAUGGAGGAAUUUGGAUUGAAGCUACUCUGGGUUUUUUCAUGUAGAGCCUGCACUCUUAGAUAACUUUCUUCUUCUCCAAGAAAGAAGGCAGUGAGAUCUGGAAAUAGUUCUGGGGAGGGAGUGACCCACAGUGUUGGUGAGAAGUGUAGAGCUGGAUCCCGGGGAUUCUGGAAUUGUGAUUGGAGUCGUGGAGAAUUCCCAGUCCGUCCACAAUGGCAGAAAGGACAGAUGGUACAGAGUCCCACGUUUCAGGGGCUGAAUACAGCCCUGUCAGUAAAUCAGAAAGGACAGAUCCAAGUACCACGCAGCAUGGAAGUGAAAAUGCUUUGCAACUGAAGAAAGAAAUAUCUUUGCUAAAUGGGAUAAGCCUUAUUGUAGGCAACAUGAUUGGUUCAGGUAUCUUUGUCUCUCCCAAAGGAGUUCUCAUCUACAGCAGAUCUUAUGGAUUGUCUCUGGUAGUUUGGGCAAUGGGAGGGAUAUUUUCAGUCUUCGGAGCUCUCUGCUAUGCUGAACUUGGAACCACCAUUACGAAGUCAGGAGCCAGCUAUGCAUAUAUCUUGGAGUCUUUUGGGAGCUUCAUUGCUUUUAUUCGUUUGUGGACCUCACUGCUCAUUGUUGAGCCAACCAGCCAAGCAAUUAUAGCCAUCACCUUUGCUAACUACAUAGUUCAGCCCUUCUUCCCUUCCUGUGACCCUCCGUAUCUGGCCUGUCGCCUCAUAGCAGCUGCCUGUGAAUGUCUUUUAACAUUUAUAAACUGUGCCUAUGUUAAAUGGGGAACACGUGUGCAGGAUAUAUUUACUUACGCCAAAGUUACUGCUCUCAUUGCCAUCAUCAUAGCUGGAAUUGUUAAAAUAUGCCAGGGGCAUACAUCACACUUUGAGAACUCUUUUGAGGGAUCCUCUUCUAAUAUUGGAGACAUCUCCCUUGCACUAUAUUCUGCCUUGUUCUCUUACUCUGGUUGGGAUACGCUCAAUUUUGUAACAGAAGAAAUCAAAAACCCAGAAAGGAACUUACCUCUGGCUAUUGCAGUGUCUAUGCCAGUUGUGACUAUUAUCUAUAUUAUGACCAAUAUAGCUUACUAUACAGUGCUGGAUGCUCAAGCUGUUCUUUCUAGUGAUGCUGUGGCAGUGACAUUUGCUGACCAGGCAUUUGGUAGCUUCAGCUGGACAAUUCCCAUUGCUGUAGCCUUUUCUUGUUUUGGUGGACUUAAUGCUUCAAUUCUAGCAGCAUCAAGGCUGUAUUUUGUAGGAUCUCGAGAAGGUCACCUUCCUGAUCUGCUGUCUAUGAUCCACAUAGGGAGGUUCACACCUGUGCCAGCGCUGCUCUUCAAUUGUAUUAUGACCCUUUUUUACCUGGCUGUGGAAGAUGUCUUCAAGCUUAUUAAUUACUUCAGUUUCAGUUACUGGUUUUUUGUUGGUCUGUCUAUUGCUGGACAAUUAUAUCUGCGCUGGAAAGAACCAGAUCGACCCAGGCCUCUUAAGCUGAGCCUGGCUUUCCCAAUAAUAUUCUGUAUGUGCACAAUAUUUCUGGUAGUAAUACCACUCUAUAGUGACUUUAUAAAUUCAGUGAUUGGAAUUGGCAUUGCUUUAUCUGGAAUUCCAUUCUUUCUCUUGGGAGUCUAUUUACCUGCAUCGAGGAGACCUCAAUUUAUUAACAAGAUUUUAGGUGCAGUCACACGAAAGGUGCAGCUGCUCUGUUACUGUGUUUUAACAGAGAUGGACACAAAUGAGGAAAAGAAGUUAGAAAGAAAAUCCAACUAAAAUUUAAAGCCAUUACAAGAAGCAGGAGGGAGGAUACAGCGGUUAAAACAACUAUAAAGGGAAGAGGUAGAACUGGAAAAAAUGGGAAAACUGUUUCCAGUGGUCUUUUAGAAAUCCUGAAAACGUCCUUACAGUUGGGUUCCCACAGAGAUCACGCCCUCACGUCAUCCUCCUGAACUGGGCCGUGUUUGCAGGGCGUGUUUUCCUGGGAUGAGGAGUAUCUGCCCAUGUCAGGCACAGCAGCUGUGUCAGUGGUUCCCUCAGAACUGUGUUAGCAUGGGAAGAGCUCCCAGAUCAAAUCCAAUUGCUGCACAGCCAGGCAGUGAAGUAAAUGCAUUUUUAAGUUAGACUGAAAACCACUUUGACUCAAAAGACCAAGUCAUUGCCAGCUUAAUUCUGAUGGAUUUUUGCAUGAAAUGUUUUGCUGUGCUAUCUCAGUUCUUACCCCAGAAGACAACUGGUUACACCUACCUACCUAAUUCGUCAUUGAGAAGAAAAAUGAAUAAAGUUGUGCUCCAUUAUUUAAAGACUGAACCAACUUUUCUCCCUUAGAGAUAAGUAUUUUAUGCCAUAUACUACGUGGAAUGUGGUAUCUGACCGUGGCAAAGAUUUAAUCAACAAGGCACCUUGGCACUAAAAGUUUGAUUAACAUUUGAUGAUU